CCGAAGUACAGUCUACAGGGAUUCCAUGUCAUCGCAGCGUCCUCUGUGUGCACAGUGGGUAUUUUCGCACCAUGUUUCUGUCGGGAAUGAAGGAAUCCACACAGGAAGUUAUCCAGCUGCGGAACAUCUCCCAUACCAUUCUAUCCGAGUUAAUUGACUAUUGCUACAUGGAAGAUAUCCUCCUCACCGACAGUAAUGUGCAGUCAUUGCUUAUUGCCGCAUCGUUCCUCGACAUUGUCACCAUCGUAGACGCCUGCUGCAAGUUUAUGGAAAACCGCAUCGACGUUCAGAACUGCCUGAUGGUGUACUGUUUUGCGGAUUCCGCUGGGCAAAAGAACGCUGCGUUAGCACGCCAAGCCAAGGCUUUGAUUCUCCAGUGUUUUGUUUCUGUUUCUCAGCAGCCGGAAUUCCUUGAAGUGCCAGACGAAAAGGUUAUCGACAUCAUUCGCUCCGACGAUCUUCAAGUGCCUUGUGAAGACCAGGUUCUGCUCGCUGUCAUCCGCUGGCUCCAGCAUGAUCCAGUGCAGCGUCGCUGUAAGUUCUGGGAGAUCUUGCAGUGCGUCCGGCCCACCUACCUCAGCCCACGGUGCAGCAAUGAUUACUUGCUGGCCUGCAUCAACGCAUUCAAGGAUUGCGCCGGUGGAGAAGCACUGCUGCGGCAGUCGGAUUAUUUGCAGGUUUUACCGGGAUGCGACGCGGGGGUACUGUCGUCGCGCAGUGUUGCUCGGAAGUCGUAUGGAAUUGAGAACAUUAUUAUUUGUGCCGGAGGGCAUCGCGAUACGUCCUGGACAUCUCUGAUGGACAGCGUCGAAGGCUUCAACCCCAUCACUUCCAAAUGGAGGCAGUUGGCGCAGCUUCCGUACAGCGUAGCCAAAACCGGUUUGGUGGUCAUCAACAAUGAGCUGUUCCUCUGCGGCGGCAUUAUCGGUUUUGAUGAUUCGCGUGUGACGCCGCGAGCGAUUCGCUAUGACCUUGCUGGCCACAUUUACGCCGUGGGUGGCCAUGGGACCGAUACGCACACGCUGGCCACCGUGGAGCGCUACGAUGUAACCACCAAUCAGUGGACGUAUGUGGCGUCCUUACCAACGCCACUGGUGAAGUUCGCCAUUGUCGGCUACGACGGUCAGCUGUUUGUUUUCGGUGGCUGUACGUCGAAUGUUCUUACGGCUACCGAUUUCGCAUUCUGCUAUGACCCAAAUGCGGAUGUCUGGUUUGAGUUGCCCAGGAUGCCAACUGCACGCUUUCGCGCCUCUGCCUGUGUCGGAUGCGACGGGUGGAUUUACGUUAUGGGUGGAAAGAGCGGUAGCGCCUUGAGCUGUGUUGAAGCUUACAACACCACGACGAAGCAGUGGAUUAAGAAAUGUGAUAUCUGCCGUCCGCUGCGUUGUGCCAGUGCUUUCUGUGUGGAAAACAAAAUUUACGUUCUGGGUGGAUUAAACCAGGCCAGUGUCGCUACGAACACGAUUUACGUUUACGACGUGUUUUCGGACACAUGGACAACCUCGGAAUGCCAGCUUCCUGUUGGGAAAUGGGCGUUUGGCUGUGCUGUCGUGGGAAUCGUAAAGGAUAACAGCGAGCACUUGUAUUAA